UUUGUAAAUCCAGUUAAACUGGACAUGUGUAAACUAAUAUGCUGAAAGCAGAUGAAUGAGCAAGGGCUUCAUGGUCCACCUCUUGUGGAGUUGCCUGCUCUUCCCUCUGAAUACCUGAAUAAUGGUUGUGACACGUGACCAUAUGACAUAAAGAUUGAGUGAGGCCUUUCCUGUAAAAAAUACUUGGAGAAGUUGGUUUUUAUUUCUGAGUUAAAAAAAAAAAAGUUCUCAUAUUUCCGUCCCACACUCCAGUGGAUUGUUUUACAUGUACUCUAGGGAAACUAGUGGUUGAGAAUAAUCAGAUUUUAUUUAAAGUUGUCGCACGUUGAAAAGAAAUUGGGCUUAGCUAUCUCACUUGAGCAACUAACUACCCUUCCCGGAGAGUCCUUAUUUUAAAAAUUGAAAAUAUUAUUGGUUCGGGAUUAUUUAAGGGCUUCAAAAAAUGUUUCGGUAUGACCUUUUAAUGUUAAUGCUGUAAUUUAUUUCCUAUGUCAAUGGAAAUCUGGUUAACUGAAUUAUAUUUUGCUAAACUGACCUAAUAGUAAAUCUGAAAAGAUUUCACAGGUUAACUCUCAAGUAUGCAUUAAAUUGUUAUGGACCAUAGUUGUAAACAUUAUGCUAUAUUAUCACAGCUGUUUGAGAUGGAGAACGUUUUUACUGUGUCAUCAGAUCCUCAUCCCCCUCCUGCAGUCCCUCCUUCACUUUCUUUACCUUUAUCUUCAUCUUCUACCUCAUCUGGGACUAAAAAACAAAAGAGGACCCCUGCAUAUCAGAGAUCUAUGAGCUUUGAUCCAAACCUUCUCCACAACAAUGGACACAAUGGGUACCCCAAUGGUACUUCAGCAGCACUGCGUGAAACUGGGGUUAUUGAAAAACUGCUAACCUCUUACGGAUUUAUUCAGUGUUCAGAACGUCAAGCUAGACUUUUCUUCCACUGUUCACAGUAUAAUGGCAACCUGCAGGACUUAAAAGUAGGAGAUGAUGUUGAAUUUGAAGUAUCCUCUGACCGGCGGACUGGGAAACCCAUUGCUGUUAAACUGGUGAAGAUAAAACCAGAAAUCCUCCCUGAAGAACGAAUGAAUGGACAAGUUGUGUGCGCUGUUCCUCACAACUUAGAGAGUAAAUCUCCAGCUGCCCCGGGUCAGAGUCCAACAGGGAGUGUAUGCUACGAACGUAAUGGGGAAGUGUUUUAUCUGACUUAUACCCCUGAAGAUGUUGAAGGGAAUGUUCAGCUGGAGACCGGAGAUAAAAUAAACUUUGUAAUUGAUAACAAUAAACAUACUGGUGCUGUAAGUGCUCGUAAUAUUAUGCUGUUGAAAAAGAAGCAAACUCGCUGUCAGGGAGUAGUUUGUGCCAUGAAGGAGGCGUUUGGCUUUAUUGAAAGAGGUGAUGUUGUAAAAGAGAUAUUCUUUCACUAUAGUGAAUUUAAGGGUGACCUAGAAUUCUUACAGCCUGGAGAUGAUGUGGAGUUCACAAUCAAGGACAGAAAUGGUAAAGAAGUUGCAACAGAUGUCAGACUAUUGCCUCAAGGAACAGUCAUUUUUGAAGAUAUCAGCAUUGAACAUUUUGAAGGAACUGUAACCAAAGUUAUCCCAAAAGUACCCAGUAAAAACCAGAAUGACCCAUUGCCAGGACGCAUCAAAGUUGAUUUUGUGAUUCCUAAAGAACUUCCCUUUGGAGACAAAGAUACAAAAUCCAAGGUGACCCUUCUGGAAGGUGACCAUGUUAGGUUUAAUAUUUCAACAGACCGACGUGAUAAAUUAGAGCGAGCAACCAAUAUAGAAGUUCUAUCAAAUACAUUUCAGUUCACUAAUGAAGCCAGAGAAAUGGGUGUGAUUGCUGCCAUGAGAGAUGGUUUUGGUUUCAUCAAGUGUGUGGAUCGUGAUGCUCGUAUGUUCUUCCACUUCAGUGAAAUAUUGGAUGGGAACCAGCUCCAUAUUGCAGAUGAAGUAGAGUUUACUGUAGUUCCUGAUAUGCUCUCUGCCCAAAGAAAUCAUGCUAUUAGGAUUAAAAAACUUCCCAAGGGCACGGUUUCGUUUCAUUCCCAUCCAGAUCAUCGUUUUCUGGGCACUGUAGAAAAAGAAGCCACUUUUUCCAAUCCCAAAACCACUAGCCCAAAUAAAGGCAAAGAGAAGGAGGCUGAGGAUGGCAUUAUUGCCUAUGAUGAUUGUGGGGUGAAACUGACUAUUGCUUUUCAAGCCAAGGAUGUGGAAGGAUCUGCUCCUCCUCAAAUAGGAGAUAAGGUUGAAUUUAGUAUUAGUGACAAACAGAGGCCCGGUCAGCAGAUGGCUGCUUGUGUGCGACUUAUAGUUCGUAAUUCCAGCUCCAAGAGGUUCUUGGGUUAUGUGGCAGCGCUGAAGGAUAAUUUUGGAUUUAUUGAAACAGCUAAUCAUGAUAAGGAAAUCUUCUUCCAUUACAGUGAGUUCUCUGGUGAUGUCGAUAGCCUGGAAUUGGGGGACAUGGUUGAGUAUAGCUUGUCCAAAGGCAAGGGCAACAAAAUCAGUGCAGAAAAAGUGAAUAAAACACACUCAGUGAAUGGUAUUACUGAAGAAGCUGAUCCCACUAUCUACUCUGGUAAAGUCAUUCGCCCCCUGAGGAGUGUUGAUCCAACACAGACCGAGUACCAAGGAAUGAUUGAGAUUGUGGAAGAGGGGGAUAUGAAAGGUGAGGUAUAUCCAUUUGGCAUAGUUGGGAUGGCCAACAAAGGGGAUUGCCUGCAGAAAGGGGAGAGUGUCAAGUUCCAGUUGUGUGUCCUGGGCCAGAAUGCACAGACUAUGGCCUACAACAUCACACCCCUGCGUAGGGCCACAGUGGAGUGUGUGAAAGAUCAGUUUGGCUUCAUUAACUAUGAAGUAGGAGAUAGCAAGAAGCUCUUUUUCCAUGUGAAAGAAGUUCAGGAUGGUGUUGAGCUACAGGCAGGAGAUGAGGUGGAAUUCUCAGUGAUUCUUAAUCAGCGUACUGGCAAAUGCAGCGCCUGUAAUGUUUGGCGAGUCUGCGAAGGCCCCAAGACUGUUGCAGCUCCAAGACCUGAUCGGUUGGUCAAUCGCUUGAAGAACAUCACCCUGGAUGAUGCCAGUGCUCCUCGCCUAAUGGUUCUUCGUCAGCCAAGGGGACCAGAUAACUCAAUGGGAUUUGGUGCCGAAAGAAAGAUCCGUCAAGCUGGUGUCAUUGACUAAUCACAUCCACAAAGCACAUCAUUAAUCCACUAUGAUCAAGUUGGGGGGAUUUUGGUGAAGGGUUCUGAAUAUCUCCCUCUUCAUCCCUCCCAAAAUCUGGAAUACUUAUUCUAUUGAGCUAUUACACCAGUUUUAACACCUUCCUCGUGUUAUGUUUAAAAAAUAAAUAAAUUUAAGAAAACCAUUUUAAAAUUAUGCACAGUUGCAGCCUGGAAAACUUAAGGUGGCGCCUUAUAGUAUCAAUUUUAGGAGCUUUAUUUGGUGCAUUUAACGCAACUGGUAAUUGCAAAAUCCACUUCGCCUGUGUAAUUGGUAAAUAUAGACUGUUAUCUUGCUGGCCCUGUGAAAUUCUGCACUUGAUAUUUAGUGUCUACCUUCAUUACUUCUGGCAAGAUGUUCUGCCUUAGCACUCGGUUGCAUUCUAUUCCUUUUCUUUCCUGUUCAUUAUGCUUUAAAUCUGAGGACCGUAUGAGGGUAGGUUAUAUUACCUUUUAAAUUAAAAUUACAGAAAUUUAUAUAGGCAAACCAUUUCCUUAAGUUGAUGGCCAAAUGUUAAAAUGUUAUUUUUCAUAUCAUUUAUAAUCUUGUCACAGUCCACUUAACAGUUUGGUUAGAUUUCAGUGAAAAUUAUCUUCCAGAGUAGUCUUUUCUUUUUCCUGGGAUGGGGGGUAACUUUACUACAAUUAGUAUGUAUGGUGCAGAAUUUCAUGCAAAUGAGGUGUGCCAGCAGAGAGAUAAUUUAAACGUAUUUAAACAAAGAAAGGAGGAAUGCACAAACUUGCUGCUGCUUAGAUCACUGCAGCUUCUAGGACCCAGUUUCUUUUACUGAUUCAAAACAAAACAAAAAAAAUAAAAAAGUUGUGCCUGAAAUGAAUCUUGUUUUUUUUUUUUUUUUUUUUUUUAAUAAGUAGCCACCUGGUGCCUGUGUCCUUGUAAAAUACAGGCACUGGACUUGGUGUAGCUUCUGUUCGACCUUAUAUCACGGGAAUGGAUUGGUCUGAUUUCUUGGCCCGCAUCUUGAAUUGGCCACAUACAGGGUCCCUGGCCAGUGGACUGAAAGCUUUGCCUAAGAUGACAAGGGUCAGCUCAGGGGGUGUGGGGGAGGGCGCUUUCUCUUCCCCGUUGUCGUUUGAGGUUUUGAUCUUCUCUAGGUAAAGAGGCCAUUUAUCUUUGUAAACACAAAACAUUUUUGCUUUCUCCAGUUUCUGUUAAUGGCGAAAGAAUGGAAGCGAAAUAAAGUUUUACUGAUUUUUGAGAACAA